AUGUCAUUUUCCUUUGGAUUUACCUCCAAUGACUUUGAGGAUGAUGAGCUUGUUGCUCAACCGGAAGCUUUCGUUGAAAGCAGCAAAGAGAACGAAAAUACCACUGCUUACACCAAUCCAUUAGAUUCUGACUUCUUGUUACAAGCUGGUGUUGUGCAACCAAAUGUAGAAGAUCUAGAGACGAUAUUGCAAAGUCUCAAGGAUGUCAGGUUAACAUUUGAAGAGUUCCGAUCCCCGAUAUAUGAAAAGUUAUUGAUUAGAAGGGAGCUGUUCGAUGUCAAACAUCAACUAAUGUUGGAGACAGAUACUCAAUCCAACGACAACUCCACUGAACUAGACAUUUUGCUUGGUGAUACUUCUGAAGACUUGAGAAAGAAUAUUUAUGAAGGGGGAUUGAAAUCAUGGGAGUGUUCUUAUGAUUUAGUUGAUUUGUUGUCCGAGAAAGCUGACAGAAUAAGCAACAAUAUCGAUGCGGUUAUGGAAAUAGGUUGUGGGACGGCAUUACCCUCAGAGUUUCUCUUCAGGUCUGCUCUUCUAAGAAAUGAUAAAUCUAAGGUGUUAAAGUUCGUUUUGACUGAUUAUAAUGCUAGCGUAUUAAGAUUGGUUACUAUACCGAAUUUGGUUAUAACAUGGGCCAAAACGAUUUUGACAAAUGCAGAAUGGUACGCCUUACAAAAAGACGAAUGUGAAGAUGUUCCAAUAAAUAGUGAAGAAUUGCUUCUUUCUUCGAAGUUGUUAGCUGCCUUUUACAAUGAUAUUCGAAGCAGGAACAUCAGUGUCAUCCUUAUAUCAGGAUCGUGGGGACGUAAAUUUAGUAACUUGAUCCAUGAAGUACUAUCAGACAGCAAAAAGGUACUUUCAUUGACCUCAGAAACAAUCUAUCAACCUGAUAAUUUGCCAGUUAUCGCAGAAACAAUACUUGACAUACACAAAUUACCACAAACUGAUGUCAAAACUUACGUGGCAGCAAAGGAUAUUUAUUUUGGCGUUGGCGGUAGUGUCACUGAAUUUGAAACUUACUUGGAUGGCAAAAUAAACUCCGAAAAUUUACCAAUUCGGUCUGAAAGAUUCAAAGUCAACUCUGGUUUGAAGAGGUCGAUUAUAUGCAUUGAAACGAAUAAAAUUAGCCAAUAA